GCUGAGGCGGGGCCCGGAGCGGCCGCGGGCGCCGGGGAAGGUCCAAGGGCCCUGGGCGAGCGGGGGUGGGGAGCAGAGGGACCCGCCGCAGGCGUCUCCCGCUCCCAGCAGGGCCCUUGCCGCAGCUGAUCACUGGGGGCCGUGUCCGGGCGAGUCGAGGCAUCCGCCGCCGCUCGGGGCCCGGUCCCAGAGUUGCCCCGCUUGUUCCCGGCCUGUUCCGGCCGGGGUUUCCCAUGGUGCAGCUUGUACCGGUGCCUCUGGGGUUCUCGUUCCAAGCAGAGUCCGGCCCCGCAGCCUCUGGGGCCCGUUUGGGCGGGAGGAGACGCUUUUGGGUCUGGCUGAGUACGAGCAGCUCCCCCAGCCUCUCCUCUUGCAAGAAGGAGGGGGAACUACUGGAGGGAGUCCAGCGCGGGGCUACAAAGAUGAUCAAGGGACUGGAGCAGCUCUCUUAUGAGGAAACGCUGAGAGACCUGGGUCUGCUCAGCCUGGAGAAGAGAAGGCUGUGAGGGGGCCUUAUCGAUGUUUAUCAGUAUUUAUAGGGCGGGUAUCUAUUUUUGCAGAAAUCCCUUCCAGCCUAAAUGAUUCAAUGAUUUUGCAAACAAAAAUAUGUUCAUAUGCUUGAUAUUCUGCAUCUGUACAUGGUGUCACAUUAAACUCUGUACUUGCAUGAUGACUCAACCAGACUCCUAAUUCUGCACCCAUCAUUUAAGUAGCUUUGCAGAAUUUGGUGAUUCGCCAUUAAUAAAAUGGGCAGUAGAAUAUAAAGACCCCUAAACUUGGAAAAACUGCUUUUGAGUAACUUCAUCAGCAGUGGUACAGGCAGGCUGCUGAAGCCAGUGGUUUCAGCUGUGUCUGCAGUCUGUCAGUGCACGAACCAUCACUUCUUACAACAACUCAGUAACUUUUCCACCAUCAGUGUGAUUUUGAGAUUGAAAAACCUUCUGCUGGCUCACCUCUGUUUAAGCUUGUAGCCUCAGGUAGGAAGGAGUAUGAGCGAGUUCCGCAUUCACCACGAUGUUAAUGAGUUGCUCAGCCUGCUGCGCGUUCACAGCGGGGAAGGAGCUGAAGUCUACAUUGAUCUUCUGCAGAAAAAUCGAACGCCUUAUGUUACCACGACUGUCUCUGCUCACAGUGCAAAGGUGAAAAUAGCAGAGUUUUCACGAACUCCUGAAGAUUUUUUAAAGAAGUAUGAUGAGCUGAAGUCUAAAAAUACAAGACAUCUAGAUUCUUUAGUUUAUCUACUAUCAAAACUCACAGAAGACAAAGAGACACUCCAGUAUUUGCAACAAAAUGCGAAAGAAAGGGCAGAACUUGCAGGAACUGCAGCAACCAGUGGCAGCACAAAUUUUUCCAUUCCCUCGUCUACUUCCAAGAUAUCUCUACAGGAGCUCGAGGAGCUACGCAAGCAGCUGGGCAGUGUCACAGCCAACUCCAGUGUACAGCCUCUUGAGCUUACACGAAAAAUCCUCCGAGAUAAGCAGAACAAGAAGAAUUCUGGUCAGCCCAUUCCAGUAUUUCCAUCCUGGGUAUAUGACAGACCUGCACUUAUUGGCGAUUUCUUAAUUGGCACCAGCUUAAGCACUGACACAACGGUACCUAUAGGUACCUUGCCAUUAGCCUCCCAAGAAUCCAUGAUUGUGGAGGACUUGCUGUACAUUCUGAUUGGUGUGGAUGGAAGAUACAUCACAGCACAGCCUCUUGUAGGCAAGCAGAACCGAGCAUUUUCAGUCGAUCCAAACUUGGACUUGUCCAUCAAAGAACUGGUGACCAGGAUUCUUCCUGUAGCAUCAAGUUACUCUGCUGUCACCAGAUUUAUAGAGGAGAAGUCUUCCUUCGAGUAUGGGCAGGUAAAUCAUGCUCUGGCUGCUGCUAUGCGGACUCUAAUCAAGGAAUACAUGAUACUAAUUACCCAGCUGGAACAUCUUCAGAGACAGGGACUUCUGUCACUGCAGAAACUCUGGUUUUAUAUCCAGCCCACAAUGAGGACCUUGGAGAUUCUUGCUUCACUUGCUACUUCUGUGGAUAAAGGUGAGUGUAUGGGAGGAUCAACCCUGAGUUUACUCCAUGACAAGACUUUCAACUACACGGGGGACAGUCAGGCCCAGGAGCUGUGCCUGUAUUUAACUAAGGCAGCCAGCGUGCCUUAUUUUGAAAUUCUGGAGAAGUGGAUAUAUCGAGGCAUCAUUAAUGAUCCAUACAGUGAGUUCAUGGUGGAGGAGCGUGAGCUGCAGAAGGAGAAGAUUCAGGAGGACUAUAAUGACAAGUAUUGGGAUCAAAGGUAUACUGUUGUUCAGCAACAGAUACCCUCAUUCUUGCAGAAAAUGGCUGACAAAAUACUAAGCACAGGGAAAUACUUAAAUGUUGUGCGAGAAUGUGGACGUGAUGUUACCUGCCCUGUGGCUAAAGAGGUCAUCUAUACGUUAAAAGAGCGAGCAUAUGUGGAACAAAUAGAAAAAGCAUAUAACUAUGCAAGCAAAGUUCUUCUGGAUUUCCUAAUGGAGGAGAAAGGGCUGGUGGCUCACCUAAGAUCUAUAAAACACUAUUUCCUGAUGGAUCAGGGGGACUUUUUUGUUCACUUCAUGGAUCUCACAGAAGAGGAACUUAAGAAGCCUGUAGACGACAUCAUAACAACAAGGCUAGAGGCUCUGCUUGAAUUAGCUCUGCGAAUGAGCACAGCCAACACAGAUCCUUUCAAGGAUGAUUUAAAGAUUGACUUGAUGCCCCAUGACCUCAUUACACAGCUCUUGAGAGUAUUGGCCAUAGAAACAAAACAGGAGAAGGCCAUUAUCAGUGCAGAUCCCACAGAACUCACUCUCAGCGGUCUCGAAGCAUUUUCCUUUGACUACAUUGUUAAGUGGCCUCUGUCCCUUAUUAUAAACAGGAAAGCACUGACAAGAUACCAGAUGCUUUUCAGACACAUGUUCUAUUGCAAACAUGUGGAAAGACAGUUGUGCAACGUUUGGAUCAGCAAUAAAACAGCCAAGCAAUUCUCCCUGCAUUCAGCUAAGUGGUUUGCUGGUGCUUUCACACUGCGGCAGCGGAUGCUGAAUUUUGUACAAAAUAUCCAGUAUUACAUGAUGUUUGAAGUGAUGGAGCCUACGUGGCACAUUCUUGAGAAGAACCUGAAAUUGGCAUCUAAUAUUGACGAUGUCCUGAGCCACCACACAAGCUUCCUGGAUAACUGCUUGAAGGACUGCAUGCUAACCAACCCAGAACUGCUGAAGAUCUUCUCCAAGCUGAUGUCUGUCUGUGUCAUGUUCACAAACUGCAUGCAGAGGUUCACCCAGAGCAUGAAGCUGGAUAAUGAGAUGGACCGGCUUACCUUAGAGCAUGGCACAAUGUUGGGCCCGCCAACAGGGGAGGAGCGUGCUGAAGAGACUGCAAAGAAGCAGCUGACUAACAAGCUUUUAGCAGAGCAUGCUGACAACCUCCACCUGACAUCUGGCUUCGAAGCCACAAUCAGCAAGUUUGACAGCAAUUUCUCUACACAUCUGCUGGACCUGUUGGACAAACUGAGCAUUUACAGCACCAAUGACUGUGAGCACAGCAUGCUCAACAUCAUCUACAGGUUGGACUUUAACGGGUUCUACACCGAGCGCUUGGAGCACAUGUCUGCCGAGCGCAGCCAGAAGGCAGCUCCCCCGCUUCCCCGCCUGGCCGUGCCUGCCCAGUGAAGUCCUGCUGCUGCGCCUUACCACCAGCACCUCUGCUGCACGAGCUGAGAACCAGACACUCAUUCCCUUCGAGCUAAGAGUACCCGACCCUUUGCAUUCACAGUGUGAGCUGGAAACGAACCAGAAGGGUUGGCCCAGAGAGAUGGGGGGAAUGGUCGCUCUCCUGAAACUUAUGUAAUAGAUUUUCUCUUCUGAGAGGCUUUUGUUAAGUCUUUUUUUUUUUUUUUUUACUACAUUGUAAAAUUAUGUAUUUGUGUGUUGUAAAAUAAAUUUAAAAAA